AUGCACACGGCGGCGAGGAUUCAUUUCAUCACACAUCAGGGCGGUCGUGUUGCAAGCGCUCGGGCUAAUGCAGUCGUCUCCCGCGGCGUGCACGGGACAUGGCGAGACAAUGAGAGCGUGUACUACCGCAGCCCGCCACCUCUGUCCGCCGAUGGAUGGGGGAGGGGGGGGGGGGGGGAGGCAGGGAAUGAACUCGACAAACAGCAGAGACUCAGGGACUUCUUUCUGCGGCGGAAGAAUACACUUGGUUUGGGACGAGAGGAGGGAGAGGAGGAGGAGGAGGAGGGAGAAGAGGAGGAGGGAGAGGAGGAGGAGGGAGAGGAGGGAGAGGAGGAGGAAGAGGGAGAGGAGGAGGAGGAAGAGGAGGGAGAGGAGGAGGGAGAGGAAGAGGGAGAGGAGGAGGGAGAGGAGGGAGAGGAGGAAGAGGAGGAGGAGGAGGAAGAUGAGGAAGAGUGA